AAAUUAAAUAUGAGUAAAUAUUUCUUGACAAUCAAAAAUAAAAUAUUUAAAAAUUGAAUAGAUAAAACAGCCGUAGAAUCUCAUAGUAUUAAUCCGGAAUGCUCAACUACGAAAGAAGCCAACAAGUUUUCCAUUCCCAUCUAAAUACAUCAAAAAGUAACUCCAACGUUAUUGGAUCAACGACCUGCUAGGGGGAAGCAGGCUGGGAGAGGACGGCUGCAUCCAACUCCAACCUUACCGCAUCGAACAGUCCACCUAAUGGGGUUUACGCGAUGAGAUGUAACCGGGAUGUUACUCUAUCCGCCUGACCCGUUUUUACUCCGAGCCAGUUAUCGUGGCUUCCACGAGGAGCUUCCCUCCCCCUCACAUUACGUGGCACCAUGAGCAUGGAGCCUUGCUUUAGGGGUCGCGUUUAAUGUGUACGUGUUCUUACUAUUGGUCACCGUAACCUCUAGUCUUGUGAACUAGAGUUUGGAGCGCCGUUCGGUUUCUUCUCGUUCGCUCUUUUUCACGUCGCCUACGAAGCUUGUGUCUGGGUCUCGGCCAUGGCGGGAGAUCACAGAGGUUUUCCCGUUCUCUGCCUCUUCUUUUUCUGGAUCUUGACUCUACCCUCGAUUUCGUUUGCUUACAGGCCAGGCGACAUCGUUCCGAUGAGCAAGGCAGGCCAGUACCACGGGUCAAGAACCGUCUGGCACGAUGUCAUUGGCCGCCACUGCCCUAUUUUUGCUGUCAAUCGGGAGGUGUUGAUUCCAAUACCAAAACCUGCUGAUUUCACUGGUGCCGAUCCUUACAAGAUAUCUUUUCAAGUUGGUCAUGAGAAAUUUUAUGUUCCAUGGCUUUUUGUUAUAAACCGAAAAAGCUCUGAAGUUCCAAUGAUUGAUUUCCAUUUGAGGUACUCUGGGAACGAUUUGCAUGGUGUCACGGCUAAAGUUGUAGAUAUGCCUCAUCAUUAUGUUGAGGUUCAUCAAGACAUUCGCAAGAACUUCUGGGAUCCAAAUCAUUGGCCAAAGCUUGUACUUGUCAGAUAUACACGGGAGGAGCAGUCAGAGAUAGAUGUCUCAGGGGGAUUUUAUGUAAUGUUUGGAUCAGGUCUCCUUCUUUCCUUCAUUCUUGCAAUUUAUGUCCUGCAAUCAUCUCAAGACAAGCUUGCAAGCAAAAGUAUAUAUCUGAAACUUCAAACCAUCUUUCCAGGUUUGUGAGGGAGACUGUUGCAGAAAGCAGUAUCCCUGGAGGAGUGGCAAAGGUUGAAUGAUCUUCUGUUUCUGAGAAAAACUGAGGAAAACUGUGGAGGUUGAUCAAUCUUUUCUGCAAAUCUCGAAUACUUUUUGAUUGUCGAAUGCCUGGAAUCACGUUGCAGAACUUAGAAGACAGGACAAUCAGAAUAGCAGCACAGGCAUUAUCAGACAACUCACUGAUCGCAUCAAUUAUAGUGACAUAUUCAAACACCCGCUUUGUACCAGACUAUUUUCUGAACAACAAUGUGAUGUUGUACCAUAGGUCAACACAAAUGUUGAGCUGCUAACAAAGUCUGAAGCAUGUGGAUUGCAGGGUCAAAAAAAAAUUCUGAUUUUCUUUUCAUCAACCAUUGAUAUUUUCUUUAAAUAAAAAUGCAGCCAAGAGAAGAACUAUGAGGUCAAAACAUA